UACAACUACCCGAUGCCCCACAGCCUUGGCCAGCUUUUUCCCUUGAAAAUUUUUAAUGAUGGAGUCACCUAAAACUACUGUGAUCCGGUCAUUCUCAGACUUAGUCGGGAAUGAUGUGGCUUCUGCAGUUCUUCCGGCAGGCGUUGCCCUUGUUUGUUGCCUGGAGUGUUUAGGAAGUUCAGAUUUCUUCCCACUUUCAGUGGCUUUUCGUUGUUGCGUAAAUGUAUUUGAAUCUGGCUUCUUUUGACAUUGACCAUCAACUUGACCUUGCUGAUUAUGCAAAUUAACAGAACUGCCAUUGUCAGCAUUCCUUGAAAAAAAUUUCCCGUCUUCUUUCGUUGCAACCUGAUUGUUUAGAAGUCUAAUCACUGUCAUUAAACUUUCAUUUUCGUCACUGAGAGUUCUUGCCUCUUCUCUUAGACUUUCGUUGCGGGAUUUAAGCUCUUGAAGCCUUAUGUUAAGUAGAUUAUUUUCCUCCCGAAUAGAUGCUAUGGUUUCGUUUGAAUAUGAUGUGCUUGCCUCUUGCUUAAGUUUUUCGAUUUCAAGACGACAAACCUCUUUUACCUUGAUCUCGAUAAAGGAAUAUAUAUCAUCCACUCUCUGGUUAUCUUGGUCAUGGGCAGGACUUUCCAUUUGAGAAAACGUUGUGUCGGUUUCAAUUGUUUGCCAGCCUAGCUUUUCCGAUACAAUAGCGUCGCGAAGUCGCUGAACUAGGGUACAUUUGUUGCCGCUUUUCUUAAGUCCUCGCUUAUCCAGUUCAGCUUUCAGUUCUUCAAUUUUCAAUGAUGAAAUCUCUUUGUUGUCGGGGAGCGCCAAGUGAAGAUCUGAUUUACUUGUCUCCGCCCUUUUCGGUUCGGCGUCGGCUGCUUCGUCUUCGCUCACAUCUCGGUCGAUUGAUUCAAGAACUUCUAAACUUUGAUCUGCAUCAGUUCCGCUCAAUUUCUGAAGCAGCGAAAACUUAUUAAAGCUUGCCCCACACGCAGAUUCGUUACUCAUUGUUGCCAUCCUAUCCCUGAUGUAAUUUUUGUGUUGACGUCGAAAGUGUCAACACUGUUCCAACAAUCACCUACAAUUCUCACAAAGAUUCACGUGUACCGUCAAAAAACCACUCGAACUCAGUGGGUCGAUACCUGAGCCCGCUAUACGGUCAGGCGAUACUGGUCAGCAGAUACACUGCUUUGACAGCUGUCAAUUCAUCAAACCAUGGAUGUACAAUAUCAGGUUGCAGGCUCCCAAACUAGGCAGAAAGUGUGAAAUUAAACAUUGGUCUGCCUGUGUUGCGGACGGACGGAAGGUCGGGUGGUCGGUUUACGGUCACGUGAUUGCCAAAUGUUCUAGGAUGGAUAGAUUUCCAAAGCUAUGGGGCUCCUCUCAAAAUAUGGAAUUGAGCCCGUGAUCAAAUAAAAUUUCAGCAGAAAGCUAAAAAAAAUACUUGACCUCAAUAGGUAGAAAAAUGAGCCUGCGAUACAGUCAGGUGAUGAUGGUCAGCGGAUGCUCUAGCUUGACAGCUGUCAAUUAACCUUCAUUAGCAUUGCUAAUAUUCGAAUUAACGGACUGUCGACUACGAGUGUGAGUAAGACGUUUCAGUCAGGCUUGUAGUGGGGGCGAAAUACCAUAUCGAGUUCCUGAGCGGACCCGAGUCCACGUUUUUAGUUUUCUGAUAGUGGUAUGCACAUGUCCCAUUUUCAUAGCUGGCAAUUGCCUAUAAUUUGGCUCGCACAUAUAACUUUAAACUACUGGCAGACGACUGACAGCCCUGCCCGGCGUAGUUUCGUUUUUAUGUUGAAUCGGUAGGUGUGACAUACUAUAUCAGCUUAUAUGUAGGGGCAAAACGAGUGGUCUUUCAUCUGAGCCCGCGAGAUGGUCAUGUGAUAACUGUCAGCGGAUGUGUGAUUUUGACAGCUGUCAAUCUAAUGAUACUCAUACGGAUGGGUAACAUAACUGACAGGCUAGUGUCAAGUUGUGCAAGAUCUAUUGCAACAUUUGACAUUGGCUUACAUGAAGUGUGUGUACGGGUGGGCGGGCGUACGCUACGUCAUAACCAAAUUUUCUCGGAUGGAUAGUUUACCAAAUUUUGUUACCCAUGGUGCUCCGCUGGGCGCGUGAGAGCUCCGCUAUAAAACAUUGAAAAACCAUGCACUGUAGUGAAACCAGAACGAACUUUUAUAUAAUUGACGUCGUUUUAUAAACUUUGCUAGCCCUCGUGUCUUACCGAAAACUUGUCCCGCACUAAGUUGAGAUCAGGCUGUACUUUUAUCUUCCUGGGUAAAUAAGCGGAUUCCAGGCCGGCAAGGCGAAUCGAAAAGUCGCCCAUUUAGUGCAAUACUUGUUUACCUAAAUUACGUGUGCUUCGGAAUCGAAUGUGUAUUAAUGAUUGUUGCAUCACUUGCAUGUGCAAUAAAUCUAAGCUUACCUUUCCGAACACUCGCUUUUCUUCUUGUAGAUCUUCUUCCUCCUCAAACUUCUCCGCAUGCAGCAAUACGCAGCGUCAGCGCUUUGAAAAAAGCUGACCUUGCAUCGUGAAAAGAGCUGACCAUUCAUAUUCACGCGAGGGUCUAGUUGGCUUGCCUCACAUACCAUGCAUAUUAGUGGGUACAACAUAGGAAUGUGAAAGGAACGUGAACAGAUCGAGAACAAAAACCGCCUACACGGUUAAAAAAGUGCCGCUGAUUUGCUACUUCUAGCAAAUCUCAGUAGGAGUGUAUCACUCGGUUCUCCAAAUCAAGAUUCUAUUUUAGAUUUCCACACCCGUUUUAGAACCUUGCUUCCAAAACCCAGACCGGCUUUCGGAGGUGAAAUAACUUAGAUUAGACGCGAACAAAAAAUAUUUCUUAAGAACCAUUUCUCCUAACUUUCUUAUGAUUUGGCAUUGAAACGACUAAUACGACAAUCCCUCGAAAACCAUACCCCAUUCCAGAACAAAAUGUGCAAAGUCUAUACCCGUUGUUAUACAAGAAACGGCAUAAAAUCCAUACCCUUUGGGGCGGCACACAACUGUAAAUGUCUUACAUAAAGGAGUACCACCCCCGAGGAUGUGACACGUUUGUGGACAAGUGCAUUGAUCAAGUUUAUGUGAUAAUUUAUCUUGAAAUGUAGGUCUAAAUGUCAGUUGUUUGAAGGACUUAUUGUCUUUUUUUCUCCCCUUUAUAAUCAGUAUUUGUGAUGUCAUUAUCCAUACUUUCCGAAGGCUUUUUUUGUUUCAAAAUUCUCUUUUCUUACUCAGAUUGCACGCAGUGACUGAAUUCAUAAAGCAACCGAUGGAUCAGAUGUUGAACUCGCAAAAAGAAGACUGUAAAGACACUAAUGUCGAAACAAACAAUAAUCCACUCGAUGUAUUGGGUAAGAAAAGAUACCUUACAUCAUAUAAUCCAAAAAUUAAAGCACAGAAGAUUCCGUAGACUGUUGCCCUGCGAGCAGAGGUUUUUGUUUGCUGUUGUUUGUUUGUUUGUUUUUUCCUACAAAGUCCUUCGGGUGGCUUGCCACCAAUUGCUUGCGUUUUGUUAAUCGCCACGGGAACGACUUCGUAGGUGUUAUGGCAUAACAGCCCGAAGGGGGAGAGGGAAGCUACCUAUAAUGGCUAGCCUGCAAAAAACAUCCGUUUCCCCUCACUACUUCGCCGCCGAGGACGUUUCGCGCGGAGGAACGUCUACGACUCAGCGACAGAAAUUCCAUGAUCGUGCCAUAGUCCGGCGGCAUAGCUCAAAAUUUCGGGUGAAUCGGCACUUUUAGAGUACAAGCAUGAAAUUUGGCACCCUGAUAGUAGUCACCAAUACAAGCAUUUUCAGAUAUAGUGCCAAGCCGGAAUUACUUCGUUUCCAUAGAAACCACAAUUGAUUAAAAUUCAUGAAAAUUCAAUGAAAUUCCUUUUUCCUAGUUUAUCAAGACAUAGUAAUCAGUCAGCCAGUAAUACCAAUCUGUUUUCCGCGUACUUCUUGUUAGGAUGUUUAGAUUUAGAUAGCCAAGGGCCUUUCAAAGAGAUGAGCGUGUAGGAUGUUGUAGGGUUUUUUGUCUGUCCCGUAGGCACCCAAAGUUCCUUCAAGUCUAAUUAAUCCUGUUGCAGCUAGACCCCAAGAUAGUGGGGAAAGCGAGAGCGCGAAAGUUCGAAUCAUGAUUGACUAGUGACCAUUUUCUUCUGCAUCGGCUACACGAGCUAGCAUUUUCAUGUCCUCUUCUCCAUGCCAACAGAAAAAAAAUUGAGCAUGUCCGUUUGCUGCUGGUGGAUUACUAAUGGCAUUUUUCUUUUCACCAUGCGAUCCAGUUUCAGUGUGUUGAACGCAUUGCGACAAGAUCUAUUCCACAUAGCAUACGACUUGCUUAUGUGUAAGCAAUUCCAUUUCAAACGUCAAAACAUUUCCCGGUCAAUUGCAAAAUUUAAUACCCCGCGCCGCCUCAUGAAAUAACGUCAAGUGUUGCAGAAAACUCAAAGUAAGGAAUCCAGCAACAGAGUAGUGCCGUUUCCAGUUAACAGGGCAGGCUACAGAAUCUGUGGCAGUCAUUAUUUCAAGCAGCUAGAUAAUGUGUAAAAAACCAUGAUCAGUUUAUCUCUGCGACGUUGGGUGUUGAAUUCCCUCAAGUGCAGGACAUCGGUUUAAGUGAGUUAAUUCAUGUUUUGUAGGUUGUCUCCAUUGUGACUUGUGAACACACAACGAUUUUUGUCAUCAGUUACUCUUUGAUUGCUAAGGUGUCCUCUGAAUGGAGGUAAACAUCGGGUUUGGACCCAGAAAAACUGUCCCUUUCCCCUGAAUAGAGGUGUCCCUUCAACAGAGGUAAAAAAUACAGAGAUCAUGUGAACAUUUUUCCGGGACCAAAUUUUGUGUCCCCCGAAUGGAGUUGUUACUUGAAUAGAGGUGUCUCAAAGGAGAGGUUCCACUGUAUUUUGUCAAAAAUGCUAUGUAACAGGGUAAGGGAUAGGACCUUGGGGCGGAGCCUCCCCGUACUUGAAGUGACAGAAUGUUCUGGAAAAAAAAAAAAACCUGCAUCAGUUACGAAAAAUCUUCAAGACAUUUAACGUUACUCAACAGAAAGAAAUACAGAAACAUAUCACAGGGGGCAGACACAGACACCGGACUGUUAUUCAUUAAGGCUCUCGCUCUUCUUUGCAGAUCAUUAUCGCAAUAUUGCAGACAAAUAUGACUACUUCUACAAAGAAGUUCACCAAGGUUACAUUCCCAUCCUAAUGAAAUGUUUGGACUUGAAGCCAGAGCACGUGGUCGCUGACAUUGGCAGUGGAACGGGUGCCAUUGCGAAAGAUCUCUUUGAAGUAUCAGGGCUUCACAAUCCUAUUUGGUGUGUUGAUCCCAGUGUGGAAAUGCAAGAAAUUGCUCGACAAAAGAAAGGGGUUAACUCGAUUUUGAAAACAGCUGAAGAAUUUUUUUCGAAUCCGCAAAUUAGCGAGAGGUUUGACCGAGUGAUAGCUACUAUAAGUGCACAUCAUUUUGUAAACGCCGAUGCUGUUUUUGAGGGAAUACUCUGUAGUCUACGUCCCGGUGGUUUUUUCUUGCAAUUCAACGCCAUCAAGAGCACUCUCCCGUCAUUUAAAAGUGCAAAAAUGCUUCUUAGCCAAUGUUUUAAGCGAGAGAGCGAAGUCAGAGAUCUAUUGCAGAGAAAAAUCGGUUUGAGUGCAAAAAUUUCUGAGAAGGAGUUCUCCUUUUCAGCGGAGAUAAAGAAAUCCAAGCUGUACGAACGAUAUCGAUGCCGUUUUGUAAGUUUAUUUCAGAAAUUAAGCGAUGACCAAAUUGAAGAGGGAAUAAUCGAGUUAGACAAUGAACAUUUUCAAAAUGUCGGUGACGAUGAACUCAUCAAGUACGAAUGCACAGUGCUUGUGACAAAAGUAGAGAAAGUAGCUUGAAAUAGCCUUGAUACGCAUGAUACAGUGCCAUUUUAGUGGCUCUUAUACGAUAGUAGAUUGUAGGGUUUCACGGUAACAGUUACACCAUCAAAAAUCAAAAUCAAAAUCCUUCAAUAGCUAACGUCCAGAAUGUGUGAAAGGAGAACCAUAACUGUAUUGCAUUGUAUUGCCAGCAUUACAUGGUAUCGUUUCGUAUGUUGUUUAUACUAUUGUAUUGUAUCUGAUUGUACAUCGUAUUGUAUUUUUUUCCAGUUUAGUACGACAUUGUUAAUGAAGAAAUGUUACUAAAGAGGAGAGGGGCGCACUUACGAUACUCUGCCCCGUGCUACUGUUGUCAUUAAUCUUAAAGGAAGAAGACUACCUGGAAUAACAGAAGAUAACCUAGAAUAAAUUUAAUGUAGUAGGAAUACAGAAAGUUAAUACAACUUGCAUCACAAAUCACAACUAAGCAACCUAUUGUAAUAACUGCGUUUCAAUGUAUUUUUGAAUACUUUCUUCGAAGAUUUUUGCCGUGUAGUUAAAAGAAUACUGUUAAAAACAAAAACAGAAACAACAACAACUACAAUGCUGGGACGAAAUCUCCUCGACAACUUAUUGAUCAGACUAAGAUGUGCUUUGAGUAUUAACUUUAAGACCGGGG